AUAUAAGCCAUAAAUACUGAAUAAAAACUGCUCCCCUGUCGGGUGUAGCCAAUACACAUCUCAUCACCAACCGACAGAAUCAUACUGAACGAUCCCACUCGUGACUAACCAGACAAAUACUCAGCCCGUCUGGAAUUCACUGACUCAGACAAACAUGUCGCCCCAAUGCCACCCAGACCUCCACAAGUAUGCGUACGGCAGAACCGACGAGCUUCAGAAACACCAGGUGCUGUUCGAGGCAUUGAAAGGCAAAGACGGUAAAUGCGGUCUGUGCCAGGCCGGCCGAAACAAGGAGCACGGCGCACUGCACCAAUGUUCCUCCUGUCGGAAGUGUUACCAUCCAGAGUGCAUUGACGAUCUCCGGAGUCGACAGUCCAGACGAGGAGAGCCGCUGGCCUACGGCUGCCCGCACUGUGGCAAGCCGUGGGCGACUCUGGCGAUGCUGGAGCAGCAGGCCGAGGAAUCCGCGCGUCUGCCGGGACCCGGGAGUUCCCCCAGAAGGAGCAUGCCCUACUCCAGCGGCAUUCUGGCCUACCGUCGUCUUGAAGAAGACGGGCAGCAGCAGUACUUUUGCGAAUGGGUGAAGCGCGGUGGGGUUAUCUGCGGACACGGCCCGUUCGAUGGCUUCGAUAGCUACUACAUACACUAUAUCCGUACGCACGAGGAGAUGCUGGAGUUUCCGUGCGAUCUCUGCACCCCGGUCCGGAAAUUUGUCUCCGCGAGCCUUUUGGUGGAGCACAAGAAGCACGCUCAUUAUUCCGCGGCAGCCACUUCGUCUACCAAGAAGCGCGGGCACUCUUCUGCAGCAGUGGCGUCGCUUCUUAAGAAGCAUGUUGGCUCUUCUGAAGUGGUGACUCCGCCUAUGAUUAUAGUGGAGUCAUCCUCUACCGCGGAGUCCAAAGGCAAAGCCGUUGACCGACCUGCAUCCCCUACGCCCCGCGUCGAGCGUCUAAAUCCCACUGCCGCCGGAGGCGUUCAAGCCCCUCCUUUGCGCACACCGGGGCAGGGUGAGUCUCAGGCAAUGCCCACUGACACAACGGCAAAAUCCCCCGAGUCACCACGGCCCCCUAGCAGCCGCACCUUCGAGUUCGAUCUGAAUAUCCCUGACCUCAAACUUGCAGCGCCUCCUGUUUUUCAAAACAGGGAACGAGAUGAUCAAAUACGCCCUUCGUACAACAUAGACCUCUUGCGCUCAUUUGCCGGGGGCCACGAGAGCCCCAGCCCUACUGUGCCCGCAGACAGACAUGCCCAACUUCAGGCCAUGCCCACUGCUACAGCGGCAGGAGCUCCCGAGCCACGACCUCCGAGCAGCCGCACCUUCGAGGUAAAUCUGAAUAUCCCCGAUUUGAGACUGGAAUUGCCGCCCGUUCCUCGCGAUUGGGAACGAGUUGAAGGAGUACGGCCUACUACAUCCCGCGUAGAGCCAGAGUUCCCGCACUAUCUCGGAAGCGGCCCUACUGCGCCCGCAGAACGACAUGCUGUAGCCCGGGCGGUGCCCAUUGUCACAACGACAGGAUCUUCUGAGUCGCGGCUUCCCAAUAGCCGCACCCUCGGGAGAAAUCUUGAUCUCGGGUUGGUGGCGCCUCCUGCUGGGGAACAAGAUGGUGGACAACAACAACCCCCCACCCGCCCUUGAGCGACAUCGCGUCCAGCGACCGACAGGAUAUGAGAGUCGCAGGCUAGUCUUAUCACGGGUUUCAGAAGCUGGUGUAGCAAAUCAAUAUCUAAACUAAUCCAAAGACAAAUUACUUUAAAAAAACUAGCUAUG